AUGGCCUCUAGAUCCCUGAUCAACGCUUUACGUGCGUCCAAACCAGCGUUCGGUGCAUGGGUAAUGCUUCCUGGCGCCCUAAACGCGCGGAUGGUGGCCUCUUCCUCGCCGCAUCUCUCCUGGAUCACAAUUGACUGUGAGCAUGGCCUAACGUCCCUCCAGCCCGGCGUCCACGAGUCCAUCCAGGCCGUGGCGAGCCUCGGCGCGUCCGCACCCACAACCAUCGUGCGCAUCCCUGCCACAGGCGCGUCUGCGGACGGCAGCGCGAGUUGGCAGAUCAAGUACGCGCUCGACGCUGGUGCUCGGGGAGUCGUGGUUCCCAUGGUCUCGACGGCCGCUCAGGCUACGUCCAUCGUUAGCGCGGCGCGUUUCCCUCCCAAGGGCAUUCGAGGCUUUGGCAGCCCCUUCACAGAAUCCAUCUGGGGCGUGUCCUCAGACGAAUAUCUUGCCACCGCCAACGACGGAGUACUGGUGAUCGUACAAAUUGAAACUCGUGAGGCCAUGCAGAACCUCGAUGAUAUUCUGGCCGUCGACGGCGUGGAUGGUGUCUUCAUUGGGCCAUACGACUUGUCGCUCGCCCACGGCUAUCCCCCUCCAUCUCCGGACCCCCACCCUGAGGUAGAGAAAAUGAUACACGAGAUUCUGCGCAAGGCGCAUGCGCAUAGCAAGAAAUGUGCCAUGUUCUGCACCACGGGCGCCCAAGCAGCGAAAAGGGCUGAAGAAGGCUUUGACAUGGUAAACGUCAUGACAGACAAAAGUGCGCUCACCAAUGCGCUCGCGUACAAUUUAGCCAUCGCUUCCGGGGACACUCCGGGAUCACAAGGCAUGGGCUAUUGA